CACAGGCUCAUGCUGGUCAGUGAACAUGACAGAUUAGAGGUUUGCUUUCUUAUUUCAUAAUGACUGCAUUAACAUCGGUUUUUUUAUGCAGAGAGCCAGAGAGAGACAUGGACGUGCACGUGGCUUAUCUUCUGUUGGCCUUCUUGGCGUCCAUCCUUACAUAUAUAGAGGGACCUUUUAAAGCAGGUUAUUAAAUUGGCUCACCUGCUUCCUUUCCAGCCAACGUACUGUCUGUCACCACUUCAAUUCCUCCUCCACCUCCACCAUCACCAUUCUCAUUGCAUCACUUCCCAUGCUUCUCUCCCUGCUCUCCUAAAUUUCAUUUCUUUACUCAGCCCCAGAAAAGUAAAACCCCCACCUCCGCCAUCACCUAAACUAAAGGGUUUUACUUUUAUUUUUCCAUGUUUUUGUGUGCUAAUGUUUUCACAAUUGACGACCUUUCUUCAAAUUCAGUGAUACCUGAAGCCAGUUGAAAAAUGCUGCUUCUUGGUGAUGAUUGUGAUUUUGUGUUUCUUACCAUGAAAAUUCCAAGAAUCGGUUCUAGUAAAGCAGCAAGGCGGCCGCCUAAAGUCUCUUUCAAUUCGAUCUAGCAUCGAUAAUGCCAAACGGAUAGAUCCAUUAAUCAACAUUUUGUACAGUGAGCAUGAGAAGAUUUUAUCAACUUUGUGUCUCUCAUGCUCUUUUGCUCUUGAUUUCUUGCUUUCUUGGAUUAAUUUAUACUGUUGCACCGGCUACGGAGGGGGAGAUCUUGCUGCAAUUCAAGGCAAACAUCACCAUUGACCCCUACAAUAGCUUGGCUACAUGGGUUCCAAAUGGCAAUCCUUGCGACUACAGUGGUGUGUUCUGCAAUUCGCUGGGAUUUGUAGAGAGAAUUGUUUUAUGGAAGACCAACCUAUCUGGGACUUUGUCACCUUCAUUAUCAGGUUUGAGAUCUUUGAGAAUUUUGACAUUGUUUGGCAAUCGAUUUACGGGUGAUAUCCCACAAGAAUAUGCUGAGUUAAGCACAUUGUGGAAGAUAAAUUUGAGUUCUAAUGCCUUGUCUGGGUCAAUCCCAGAAUUCAUCGGUGAUUUGCCAAGUAUUAGGUUUCUUGAUUUGUCAAGGAAUGGUUAUAGUGGAGAGAUUCCACCGGCUUUGUUCAAGUUUUGUUACAAGACCAAGUUUGUUUCUCUUUCUCAUAACAGUCUUUCUGGUCCAAUUCCGGUUUCGAUCGUGAAUUGUACUAAGCUUGAAGGGUUUGAUUUCUCUUUCAACAGUCUCAGUGGUGAAUUGCCUUCUCAAAUUUGUGAUAUUCCUGUGUUGAAAUAUGUGUCUUUGAGUAGCAAUAUGUUAACAGGGAGUGUGCAGGAGGAGAUUUCAAGAUGCCAGGGAUUGAGUUUUUUGGAUCUUAGCAGCAAUAUGUUUGCCGGAUUGACGCCAUUUGGGGUUCUUGGAUUCCAAAACAUGAGUUAUUUCAAUGUAUCGAAUAAUGGAUUUCAUGGAGAGAUUCCUGAGAUUGGAACCUGUAGCGAAAGACUGGAAAUCUUCGAUGCUUCGGGUAAUCAUUUGGAUGGAGAGAUCCCAUUGAGUAUUUCGAAAUGCAAAAUCCUUAAAGUUCUCAACUUGGGAUUUAACAGGCUAAAUGGGACUAUUCCAGUUGGGAUUGCUGAUCUGAAGAUGCUUUGGGUGCUUAAUUUGGGCAAUAAUUCGAUUGAUGGAACAAUCCCUGCAGGUUUUGGAGGCAUUGAGCUGCUUCUGGUCUUGGAUUUGCACAAUCUUCACCUUACAGGCGAAAUUCCUAGAGAUAUAAGCAAUUGCAAGUAUCUUCGUGAGCUGGAUCUAUCUGGUAAUGAUUUAGAUGGAGAAAUUCCCAAUACACUUUACAAUAUGACUUUCUUGGAAGUUCUUGACCUGCAUCGUAACCAACUCAAUGGUAGCAUACCUGAGACUGUAGGAAACCUGUCAAACCUCCUAGCUCUUGACCUCUCACAAAAUAACUUUUCUGGGUCAAUCCCAUCUUCCCUUGAAAAUUUGACAAACUUAACAAAUUUUAAUCUGUCCUCCAACAGCCUUUCUGGUCCCAUUCCUUCGAUACCAAAGAUCCAGGCGUUUGGUCCAUCUGCAUUCCUUAAUAAUUCUGGGCUUUGUGGUCCCCCUUUGGACAUUUCUUGCCUCGGCAAUGGCACAAAUCCAACAUCCAAGAAAAAAAAUGUGCUUAGCAACUCUGUAAUUGUGGCAAUUGUUGCUGCUGCAUUGAUCCUUACUGGUGUCUGUGUGGUAUCAAUCAUGAACAUUAGAGCACGAGGUAGGAAAACGGAGGAUGAAACAAUGGUUGUUGAGAGCACACCAAUGGGUUCGACAGAUUCCACUGUUAUAAUUGGGAAGUUAGUUCUGUUCAGCAAGACUUUACCCUCGAAAUAUGAAGAUUGGGAAGCUGGUACCAAAGCUUUGCUUGACAAGGAAUGCUUGAUUGGUAGUGGGUCAAUUGGAACAGUCUAUAGAACUAACUUUGAAGGUGGGAUCUCAAUUGCAGUGAAGAAGCUUGAGACUCUAGGUAGAAUCAGAAGCCAGGAUGAAUUUGAGCAAGAGAUUGGACGAUUAGGUAACCUUCCACAUCCGAAUUUGGUUGCUUUUCAAGGUUAUUACUGGUCUUCAACAAUGCAGCUAAUUUUAUAUGAAUUUUUUCCAAAUGGUAACCUAUAUGAUAAUCUACAUGGACUUGAUUAUCCAGGCACCAGUACUGGUGUUGGUAAUAGGGAAUUGUACUGGUCUAGGAGGUUUCAGAUUGCUCUUGGAACAGCCAGAGCGCUUUCUUUCCUUCACCAUGAUUGUAGGCCUCCAAUACUCCAUCUCAACAUCAAAUCUACUAACAUACUCUUAGAUGAAAAUUAUGAAGCCAAGUUGUCUGAUUAUGGGUUGGGGAAGCUGCUACCCAUUUUGGACAACUAUGGUUUAACCAAAUUCCAUAAUGCUGUAGGGUAUGUUGCACCAGAGUUAGCUCAAAGUCUAAGAUUGAGUGAGAAAUGUGACGUGUACAGCUUUGGAGUUAUUCUUUUGGAGCUGGUUACUGGGAGGAAACCAGUAGAGAGUCCAUCAGCAAAUGAGGUAGUUGUUUUGUGUGAAUAUGUUCGUAGUUUGUUGGGGACUGGCUCAGCUUCAGAUUGCUUUGAUAGAAAUUUACGAGGUUUUUCAGAGAAUGAGUUGAUUCAGGUUAUGAAAUUAGGAUUGAUUUGUACAUCUGAGGUUCCUUCAAGAAGACCAAGCAUGGCUGAGGCUGUUCAAGUCCUUGAGUCCAUAAGAUCCGGAGUGGAAUCAUCAUAGUCAGCAUCAAAGUGCUUUUGAGGGUUUUCUUGGGCCAUCUUGGGGUUCAAUUAACCAUGUCAAAUUAGCCUAGUGGGAAGGUUGUGUGAGUUAGCUGUGCAGAGACAAUGUUGUUGCAUAUUAGGGGGAAAAAUAGAAAAUCAUUCUUUUCUAUUCAUUUUUUGGAAUUAAUAUUAUUAAAUUGGUCAUGACAUUUGUAACAUUUUUCAAUAAAAUCAUUCAUUUAAUGUAUUUCACAUGCUGACUA